AUGGCGGUAAUCCUCUUCUGGUGGUCUCGAGGCGUUGUCCAGUUGACGCAUUUGGUUGCUCCCGCACGCUUGGACAUGAGGUGCCUUCUCGGCGUUGACAGAAUAGGACUCGUUGGUUCCUCUUCCUCGGGAGAUCAGAAAGUGUGGGCUUCUCGUGCAUGCGUUCACUUUUGCUGUCCUGCUCUUUUUGUCAUUCGACCAUCGUCGGACGCUAAUUUUGGUGGGAUGGGUUUCGGAAUUCGGCUUCGUCGUCUCCGGUUCGCCGCUGCCGUCUCGAGUCGCCACGCAACCUCAGAGAUUCCCUCCACAUUUCCGAUUGUCUCUGCACCCGGCAGAGGAAGGCACCGAAGCAGAGUAAGCCACAGAACUGAUGCCAGAAACAGAUGGAACUAG